AUGCGGGCGGCGGGCGGCGGCGGAGGGCCGGGCUGCGGCUGCAAGGGGAUCCGCUCCUGCCUGCUCUGCGAGGGGCCCGCGCCGGCCGCUCCGCCCCCGCAGGGAGAAGAUAAUUUCACUUACUGUCCAGCAACAGGCCUAGCUAAAGGAAAUGAGCAUUCGGAAUUUGCUGGCUGGGCAUUUCCCUUUCCAGGGGUGUUCCUGGUGGAGGAGUUCAUUAGUGAAGAUGAAGAGUGUGAGAUAGUGGAACUGAUGGAUCUAGAUGACUGGAAACCGUCACAGUCUGGCCGAAAGAAACAGGACUAUGGACCCAAAGUGAACUUCAAGAAACAAAGGCUGAAAGCUGGCAGCUUUACUGGCUUGCCAAGUUUCAGCAGGAAGAUUGUGGCACAGAUGAAGGCCUGCGCUGUGCUCAGUGGUUUCUUACCUGUGGAGCAGUGUAACCUGGACUACAGACCAGAGAGAGGCUCUGCCAUCGACCCCCACUUUGAUGACUGGUGGCUCUGGGGGGAGCGCCUGGUCAGCCUGAACCUGCUCUCAAAAACUGUGCUCUCCAUGUCCUGCGAUUCAGAGGACACCAUCCAAUUAUUUCCCAUUUCCAGUAAGGAGGAAUUGAGUCCCCCUGCAUCUUUCGCGCAGACAUCAACGUGCAGAGAUUCAGGAGAAGAGGGAAACGAGUGCUUUUUGUCCCCGAGGCUGGUUCCUGGGAAGGAAGUGAGUGUGGCCAUCCUCUUGCCCCAGAGGUCGCUGGUGGUGCUGCACGGGGAUGCCCGGUACAAGUGGAAGCACGGCAUCCACCGCAGGCACAUCGAGCACCGCCGCGUCUGCAUCACCUUCAGGGAGCUCUCUGCCGAGUUCAGCGCCGGCGGGAGGCACGAGGAACUGGGCAAAGAACUGCUGCAAAUCGCUCUUUCCUUUCAAGGGAGACCCGUGUGACCAAGAGGUUGCAUUUUUUUAUUGGGAGAGGUGUAAAAUGAGGCGUGGAAUUUGUGUGACUCGGUUUAUUUCUGAGGUGGGUGUAAAGGAACCAGGUGUGUGCAGAGAUAAGCUCAAUAAAACGAAAAUCUAACAAACAAGUAAAAGGGGUGAGCUUCAAAACCUCCUGGGCAGUGGGAGCUUUUAGGCCAAAGUCAGAAAUGAGAGGUUGCAUGGAUUACUUGUGUUGCAACAACAAAAGCAACCAACCAAGUUCCUAUACACUUAAAUGAACCCAAGAAAGUUAGAAACAUUAAACAGAGUAACAAACAGCCAGCCGUGACACAGAUUUUAAACUUUCCUGGUGCAUACCUGAUACUGUCAGACUGGUUUGAAUUUAGCACUGAGCCCUGGGGUACAACUGUCCCCUCACCCACCUCAGACAGGUCCUGUGGAGAUCAGGUCUCAGGGGAGGAAGGUAAGCAGGUAUCUCUCCACAGACAGUACAAAACACUGAGAACUCAUUAAAGUAAUUAUCCUUUGCUGAAGAUUCAUGCUCUAACAAUGAGGAUUAAUCAUAAAUUCCCUGUGUGACCUGUAUCUUCUGGGACCAAGGAGCAGCAUUUGCAGAGGGCCAGUGCUGACUCUUUGGGCUUGGACGGAGAUCAGACCAAAGGCCUGCACAGACUGUGUUAUUUUCUGAUCAUUUGUCAUCUCUGAACCCUGCUGUCAGCUCUCAGUAGCAACAGUCUGAUUUUGGGGAUUAGCUGGGCAACAGACUGCAACCCUGGCAGCCAUCAUUUAUUUUCCUGGCACCUCCAGCAGUCAGGUUUGAAUCAUGCCUCGUACCUAAGAUUCAAGUAGUCAUUUGCAGCAGAAGCUGAUCUG